CGUUGGCCGAAGCACACGCUCGAACAUCGUCACAACCGCAGCCAAUCACAGUAAACAAGGAAAUGUUUCUUUCGCGCUCUGUCUGGAACAUGAGCAAUGCAGAAUUCUGCCAUCGAUACAUGUUUAUGUCUUCCAUUCAGUCAUAGACUUCUAACUCAUAUUUCUCACCAUGGACGGUGCUUUGACUACUGAGCAUAAGGAGGACGGGUCUUUGCGGAGGAGAAAGACAGAAGAAGAUGGAGAGGAUCAGAUCGGGAGCAAGUUGUCAAAAACGGAAAGCACCGGUUUGGAGUCUUGCUUGGAUGAGCCAGUUGAGUUGAGAAGUGUUCAUGAAGUCAUCAGGUAUGGAGCCUCAUCUCUGCCAGCUAAGCAUUAUGACCCGGACACCACCGAGCCAAUCAGCUCCGGCCUUCAGUCCCUGGAGGAGCUGUUGUCGUGGAAACGCAGCGAGGCCAACCCCUUCAACGUGGCGACGGUGCCCCUGGCCAAUCGGGAGCCUUCUCUGGCCAGCACGCCGCACCGGACUCUGGUGAGUCACGACAUGAUGGGCGGAUACCUGGAUGACAGGUUUCUGCAGGGAGCAGAGUCAGAGGCUCCCUAUGUGUUCUACCACUGGCAGUACAUCGACGUGUUUAACUACUUCAGCCACAACAUGGUGACCAUCCCCCCUGCUGUCUGGACCAACGCUGCUCACAGACACGGAGUCAUCGUCCUGGGCACCUUCAUCACUGAGUGGACGGACGGGGGGAAGAUGUGCGAGGUCUUCCUGAAAGAGGAGGAGUCUUACAGGGCCGUAGCUGAUAGGCUGGUUCAGAUAGUCCACUGUUACGGCUUCGAUGGUUGGCUGAUCAACAUCGAGAACCCUCUCGGUGAGACUGCUGUGAAGAACACUCCUCUGUUUCUACGUUAUCUGACUGACCAGAUGCAUGAGAGAGUCCCUGGUAGUAUGGUGUUGUGGUAUGACUCUGUCCUGGAGAACGGACAGCUCAAAUGGCAGAAUGAACUCAACCCAUCCAACAGAGUGUUUUUCUCAGCGUGUGAUGGUAUCUUCACCAACUAUAACUGGACAGAGCAGAGCCUGGAGAGAAUGAAGGCCUACUCAGCUGCUCAGGGCCGGCUGGCGGACAUCUUUGUUGGGGUGGACGUGUUCGCCAGGGGAGAGGUGGUGGGAGGGAAGCUGGAGACUAAUAAGGCUCUGGAGAUGAUUCGUAAACAUGACUUCUCUACGGCCAUCUUUGCUCCAGGCUGGGUGUACGAGUCCAUCCCAGACAAGACUGACUUCAGGAAGGAACAGGACAGGUUCUGGUCUCUCCUGUCUGACUUCCUGUAUGUCCACCGGCCCUCGUCGCCCCUCCCUUUCGUCUCCUCCUUCUGCCAGGGUGCAGGGACCAGCCUCUACUGGAGGGGACAGCGUGAGGUGGAUCGUAGCUGGUUCAACCUGGAUGCCCAGGAGCUGCAACCCCUAUACUACAAAGAGACCCUUGAGGGGGAGGGCUGGCUGAGGACCCAGGGCUGCCCUGAAGAUGCUUGGAGCGGGGGCAGCUCUCUGCUCGUAGAGGGCGUCCUACCCUCCAUGCUGUCUAAAGUCUGCGCCAGGAUCUUUUCUCUCCAGGUGCCUCUAUCCUCCAGGGUCUUUGUGUCUCUGAUCUAUAAGCCGUCUCCUGGGGUCACUGUCUCUCUGGAGUUAAAGACUGCUGAUGCUACACUCUGCACACUCAGAGGUGUUCAGGAUAUACCUACCAGCAGUGUUGAGACUGCUGCUUUAACAGAGGACCACCAGUUGGUGAGACAGUUCUCUCAGAGCUGUGGACAGUGGAACCCAGACGGAUGGACUGUCAGGUGUUCCCAGUUGGAGCUGCAGGGCUGUACUCUGAGGGAUGUGUGUGUGAGCGUGCAGCGUGAUGGAGGAGAUAAGGACACACCCUUUAAAUGCCGGGUCGGAGAGAUUAUGAUCCUGGAUGCUGAGUCCCUCUCCGUUCCUCCCCUCCCAGUCCAGAGUGUGUGUAUCUAUGACGUGGUGUGGCUGAGGGGCGCCAGUAAACUUAAUCUCAACGCCACCCUGCGCUGGCACUACCCUGCCCAACUCGUACGCCACUUCCUGGUGUACUGGCGCCGGCUGAGGGGUCCAGACCCCCGGAUCCCAUCUGGCAAGCUGGCCCUGAUUGGCCGAGCCUACUGCCCCUUGUUCCGGGUGACCGAGCUGGCGGUCCCAGAACCUCCAGGUCUUCUAGAACUGGUGGUGGAACCCGUGUCCAGGGAGGGGUUCCGUGUUCCUGAGUCCCAAUGGGGGAGGAGGAGUCUCAGUUAUACUGAGGAGAGGACGGACCAAUCAUAAGACACUAAAAGGGUAGCAACGUACUGGCUGUCUCAAAUGGAACCCUAUUCCCUAUAUAGUGCACUACAUGGACCCAUAGGGCUCUGGCCAAUGUAGUGCACUAUAUAGGGAAUAGGGUGCCAUUUGGGAUGUACUACUGGACUUGCUACUCCACAACACUUCCUGUCUCCUGUCCAGUCAGUGAUAACCUGAUUCAGUACGCAAGCAGGACUGGACAGGUGUGAGUAAGCCAGAACGCAGUCCAUUGUCUUCUGGGUGCAGAGCAAGGGAAGGAUACUUCAAGCAGUACAUAGACUCCCCCCCCCCCAAUACAUAGAGAGAGACACUCCCCAAUUGGGCAAAAGCCCUUCCUCUCUGCGAGUCCUCCGUGACC